AUGAAUGUAUUAGGUCUAUUCAAGGGAAACAAAGAUGCCAAUGCCAUUGACCAAGAAGCACUGACUGAAAUAGAAAAGCACAUACCUGUCACGACAACGCCAAUUGGUAUACACGAUCCAGUGUCUGACGAUGACUCAGUCUGUUCAGGAGGUUGUCAUUCUGAUGAUGAAGAUGUGAAAAGAGGAGAAGAAAUCUUUCAAAAAUUGAAAAUUGAUAAAGAGACUCCAUUAUUAAAUACAUCCAAGACUCCCAAGAUCCAUUUCAUUGUACCCACUUCUCAAAUUGAUUGGCAAUUCGAUGCUUGUAAUGAAAAGGAGGAUUCUGUUCAAUAUAAAAUUAAUAAAUGGUGUAACGAUCAUAUGGAUGAAUAUUCUAAUGUUGGUGAAGGUCAAACUUUAACUUGUAGUGUCACUUCAUUACCUAAAAAUAUUAUGGAUAUUGAAGUUAUGAAAGGAACCAAGAAUAAUGUCUUGGUGCUACCAUUCUUCGUUUGGAUUAAAGAUUUGAGGUCUGAAAAUGUUAAUGAUGUUCUUGAUGAUUUGGUUCCAAAAUUAUUGAAGCAUGAUAUUGAUAGAGAUCAAUUGUUAAGGGAAAGAGAGUAUUUGUCAUUAGCUAGAGAAAAGGCAUUUGUCUUUAUAUGUUCACAUACAACCAGAGAUAAAAGAUGUGGAGUGACAGCUCCAUAUCUGUGUAAAACAUUUGAAAAACUACUUCGUCCACAUGGAUUAUAUAGAGAUAAUUCUGAUUUCAGACCUGACGGUGUAAAUAUUGCGUUCAUUAACCAUGUUGGAGGUCACAAAUAUGCGGGAAAUGUGCAAAUAUAUUUGAAAAGGGAACAUACUCUUAUUUGGUUAGGACGAAUUACCCCAAAAAAUGUUGGCACCAUUAUAGAAAAUGUUUUAGUUCCAGACGUUGCUACAUUACCCUUGCCAGAUAAAGUGAGGUGUAUAAGGAAAUAUGAAGCAUGGUAA